AAAAUUGAGACUUCACUUAAUGCGCUUAGGAAAGACUUUGAAACUUGCCUUUAUGCACGGUGGAUCAUGCAGAACUCUGUGCUAGAGGGGUCCAGUGGAAUGAAUGAGUUCACAGGCCUUCAGUCCCAGGAGCCCCCUGGCUCACAGAGUUAUGGGGCUACUGCACCAACUACAAGUACUUCUCAGUUCUUACAGACACCAAGGAAUGUUUCAGCAAAGAGAUCUUACCUAGCAGUUGGUGUGCUGUGCUAUAUUAACUUACUUAACUACAUGGAUUGGUUUAUUGUACCAGGGGUGCUGGUAGAUAUAAAGAAGUACUUCAACAUCAGUGAUGGCAGUGCAGGCUUACUGCAGACAGUCUUCAUCUUAUGUUUUUUGCUGUCUGCACCCUUCUUUGGAUACCUUGGUGACCGGUACAACAGGAAAGUCAUCCUCAGUGCUGGUAUCUUCCUCUGGUCAGGUGUGACGUUAGGCAGCUCAUUCGUCACUGAGUCGUACUCCUGGAUAUUCUUCCUUUCACGAGGAUUUGUUGGCAUCGGCACAGCCAGUUACUCCACCAUAGCGCCUACCAUCAUUGCAGACCUGUUUGAGGGGGACCAAAGGACCUGUAUGUUGUCUGUCUUCUAUAUCUUCAUCCCAGUUGGAAGUGGUCUUGGUUAUGUUCUGGCAUCUAGUGUAACACAGGCUGCUGGCCACUGGCAUUGGGCAUUCAGGAUAACUCCUUGUAUGGGAGUGAUAGCAGUGGCUCUUCUGAUUCUACUGGUCCCUGAUCCAACCCAGGAUGCAGCUGAGAGACAUGGAGGCCAGAGUAUCACUAACACAACUCAGGGAGCAAAUAAGAAGCCUGGUGCCCAGAGUACUGCCAGCACGACCUGGUGUGAAGAUGUCAAAUCCCUCAGCAAGAACCGAAGUUUCAUCUGGUCCUCAUUGGGUGUGACAGCCAUGGCCUUUGUGACUGGAGCCCUGGGAUUAUGGGUACCAGUGUUCCUUUCCAGGGCUCAGCUAUUCCAUGACCUUGUACCUCCAUGCCUUCAGGAGCCAUGCGAUUCUUCCACCAGCCUAAUAUUUGGAGGAAUUACCAUCAUGACGGGAAUUGUUGGUGUCAUCACUGGGGCAGGAGUUGCAAGAAGAUAUAAGAAGAUAAACACUAAGGCCGACCCUCUUAUCUGUGCUGUGGGCAUGUUCUCCUCCGCCCCAUGUCUCUAUCUGUCUAUCAUGCUGGCUGAGCAGAGCAUCCUUGCUACCUACAUUUUUAUUGCACUUGGAGAAUUUUUUUUAGCCUUAAACUGGGCCAUUGUGGCUGACAUACUACUGUAUGUGGUGGUGCCAAAGUGCCAGUCAACAGCUGUUGCCUUGCAGAUUUUCAUGAGCCAUUUGUUGGGAGAUGCAGGCAGCCCAUACCUCACUGGAAUUAUCUCUGAUGCUCUCCAGACCAGGCAGAAUGACUCACACCUAGGGGCCUUCCGGAGCCUGCAGUACAGCUUCAUCCUGUGUGCCUUCAUUGGUGUCCUUGGGGGAGGCUUUUUCCUCCUGACAGCCCUUCAUGUUGAGGAAGAUCGUGAGGAAGCCCAGCAACUUUGCAGAGGUACUGAGAACAAAGGCUACAUUUCAAGUGAAGAUGAACUCCAGGAUGAGCUCCCCAAAGCGUGAAGGAGCCACUGCCUCCUUUCCUUUUGCCUGAUGAACCUACAGUUGGAGGAAAAGGCCAAAUAACAAUCCUUCCAUAUGGAAGGAAAAACCUGCGUACUGAUUUUUAUGAUGCUUUUGACUGAGAGUCAAAACCUACUACUGAAAUGGCAUAUGGCAAACCUCCACCCCCAUCUGUGAGACCCAUUUAAGGUGGAAUGUCUAGUUGAGAUGGGGAAUGGGGUUACUGUAAAUUCUCAGCAGGAUUAUGAGUUGUCUGUCUAAAAGCUUGGAAAAUCAGGGCAAGUACAAACAUAGCUGGGGAUUCCGUAUCCCCAUGUCCUUAUUUAUGAGAAUGGAAGGCAAAGUCUGGCUGUGGAAUUGAACAAGUGUAACUAGGAGGGGCAGAACUUGCUGUUAUGGAAGUUUAAUAAAUUACAACUUUAAACAAUCACGGGGGAAAAAUGGAUAACUAACUCGGAGCAACUUCUGCAGGACAUUCAACCGUAACCUAGUAUGUCAGGGUCCAAACUAUCUGGAUUCUGAAAUACUAACCAACUCUUCCCAGCUGUAGAAGUAACUGAUACCAUUCUUCCACUAAAAUUCUGAUUGGAAAGUGAAAUGGUGCAGAUGAAGUCUUAUAGUCAGUGAUGGAUUCCGAGUGAAGGUGCUGGAACAGCUUGAGCUUGCAACACGAGAUCAUGUGUCCACAUACAGCAGCCUUUCAUGGCAUUUUCUCAGUGUUUGUACCAGUUAUUGGCAAUGCCUGGAUUGACAGCUUUGGUUCAAGCGUGACAGAACUGGUGGAGUCAGCAGUGUCUUUCACCCUUUGCUGCUGCACUGGUUCAACCAGUCUUCGUAGACUUUCCAAAAUGUAGCACCUAAUUAUGGGAUGGAGUAAGGGGAACUGGAAAAAUACCCAAAAGCCUCUGGUUAUACAGUGUGCUAUGUAGAUGCAUCCAAAGGGCUCUCGCAAACUCUUGUAGGUGAACAAGCUAAAUGGCAAGGGCAAGUGAAAAAUCAUUUAUAUUUGAUAACUCUGCAGCCAUGUCUUCACUAGGGACAACCAACAACAAACACCUCAAUCUCUUAUGCCCUAAAUUUACUCUCGUUUUCAGAAAGGGCAAACCCCAGAUCAAUCUGGUAACAAUAGAAAGCUCAUUGGAACUUAAAAGACACACAGUGUAAAGCUCUCAUAGAAAUAAUUAGCAGUACUUCAUCUAGAAACAAAAAACCCAUGGGGCUAAAUCCUGAAGUCCUCUGUAAGGAAAUAGGAGUUGACCCCAUGUAACUUGAUUAAACUAAACUGGAAAAAGACACCUUUUCCUCCAGAAUAAAAGUGUCCGCAUAGUGACUUAUACCAAAAUAAUUAUUCUGGAAUAGCUAUUCCAAAACUUCCAAGUGUUGACAAGUCGUGAUACUUGGGAGCAAAUUCUGCCUCUGUGGUACUUACAGAGUUCAAUGGCAGGUGAACACCAGAACCAGAGGCCAGAACUUUGUCAUCUGGUCAAUUUAAUUACACAAACUUUUAUUGGUUUGCCACUUUGUAUUAGAUAAUUUUUCUUCAUAUUUUAUUUGUGUUUUUUGAGAAUUUGCAUAUAUUUAUGCUAUACUAAAGGUUCUACAUUCCUUCGUAAGUCACACAUCACAUUCACAUGCAGCCAUACACCAUAACUAUGAAUUGACCAGGGUGUAUUUUGUUUUGACUGUUACUACCUUUCUGGACAAGAAUUAUAUCUUUUAAGGUAAUGGAAGGUAGUAAAAUAGUUUGGAACUGAAUGGCUGUGAGAUUCAGUAAAGGAAUCUGACGCCUUCGACAUCCAGGCUGACUCUAGCCUAGGGUAAGCAGUGAUGGAAAGUUGCUAAUACUAGAUGACUAACAGGUGCCCACAUCACAGAAUCACCACCACAAUAGGCUCCUAACAGUCUUGGCAGAGAGGCCAAGACCUUAAAGGGCCAUGGAGCCUAAAGUAUCUCUCUCUUCUGUUAGAGGGUAAGCCAUGUUUGGGGCAGCAUUAUGAAGCUUUCCCUGCACUGCAUUGUCUGUUCUGUGAAUAAUUCCAUAACUGUCCAACCAGAACUAAAACUCACUGUUCUUUAAAAAAACAAAAACCAAAAAACUCACUGUGAGAAUUCGAUACUCAAUAUGUUGAGUGAGAGAUGGCAAAUAGCUUUUUUUUUUUUUUUGCAGAAUUCCUUGAUAAAACUGAUUCCAGCUCUGAUUUCCUGAAAUCUUACCUGCUGAUGUGCAAGUUCAUAAAAAUAGGACUUCAUGGUAGAAAUCAGAGGUGCACAAGGCAACACUUCACUCCAGUAUUUUUCCAAUGCAUGCUUUUUUAUUGUCAUGCUGCAGAGAGAUUUUUUAACUGUGUUGCUACUGAUCCCAGCCAUCUAAAAGGCUAGAUGUUCUGAGUUUUGCUUGUACCACUCUUACGGUGACCUGAUAGCAAGUGUGAAAAAUCAGGACAGGUGUGGGGGGUAAUAGGAGCCCAUAUUAAAAAAAAAAAAAAAUCACGAGAAAGCUUCUCCCAUUGGCUUAGUUAAUCCAUCUCAGGUCUCCUGCUGGCAUAGUACUGUCUACACUGCCACUUAGGUUGGUAUAACUACAUCACUCAGAGGUGUGGAUUAUUCACAACCCUGAGCAAUGUAGUUACACUGAAGUAAUUCUGUAGUGUAGACCAGAGCAGAGAGCUUGAUUUGCAGUCUUUAACCUCUGAUGCUUUUUUUUCAAAAUUUGCCUGAUCAGACCUUCAGUUUUUUCCCUUCGUUCACUCACUAUGACUAGCAAAUUAAAUAUUAAUCAGAAUAGAAAUGUAACCCCUUGGGUGGGAUGCAUGAAAGGAAUUAGAUUUCUUUAAAUAAAAAAUCAACCUGCUGAAAAAAUUUAGUAUGCUCUUUAACAGACAGCACCAAUAUUUACAUUGAGAGAUGAAAGAAACAAUUUGGCUACAUUGGGGUGGGAGAUGAGGUUUUGUCUCUAGGGUAGGAUGAGUGCAUGGAGGUGGUAUCAAACUUGCUAAUCUGACACCUCCUGGUUGGCUGGAGGGACAUUUCAGGCUAUCCGCAUACUGAAUUUUCUGCAUUACUGGGUGGAGGAAAAGUGUGUUAUAGGUUCAUGUCAGCUAGAGGUGGAAGUCUUAUUAGAACAUGUCAUCCCUACUCUUGAAAGCACAGGAUAUAGAGAAUGUGUCAGUUAUUACAAUUGAUGUUAUCCCCAAGCCAUGAUAACAGACUACAAAACUAAAUGUGGGGAAAAUUGUAAGAAAGUAGUUGCCCCAGAAUAAAGUAAGGGCAGUUCUUUCUAGUCCCCCCUUUCCCUUUUACUCUGGCUGUAUAAGCUUGAAAAUAUUGCCCUUCCUACCUGUUUCGGCCCCUCUGGCACCAGGAAGAAUUGAUAUCUGACAUAGGAGCUAGGUAUUCAAAGCCAUUUUUGCACACUUCUCAUGUCUAUAAAACCAUGUGUCAGCCCUCGCUGUAAAAUUUGGAUCUGGAUCCAAAUAUCCAAAACGUUGUGGUUAAUAAAAGCUGGUGUGAUAACUUUUAAUGUUUGCUUGGGUUUUGGCUUUGCUCAUUAUGGAAUUAGCAUCAUCCAUGAUGUUUAGAUCUGAACUUCCCAAAGUUAGGGGGUAGUCAGAACUGACGUUACACAGCAUUUGGAUGAUGCAUAGCUUAAUUUUCAGGCAUGUGCAAAAGAAUCUGGACCCAUAGUGCAUAGUCACACCGUGGUGCCAAUUUUCAUUACAAAUGUAGUUCUACGUUUGUGUUCUUGAUCGAGGGGAAAUUAAAUAAUUGAGGUACCUAUUGUUCAUAAGGAUUGUCUAAUACAAGAACAUGUGCCUACUUAUACGGCUUUCAGCCACCGUCCUCUUAUUGUCUUUUCCUGGGCUUACUUAAUUAUAACAUGUUCCCUAUCCCUACCAUAAUUCUUGGAAUAAGAUUUGAUGUCUUAGAAUUUUAAAUCAACCAAGAGAUGUUGGGAAGGAUAUAACAUUUAAGGUUAUACACUUCUAGAGUGCCAUCAAAAACCUUUAGUAAGCCUGUUGUUGGAACGGUAUUGCGUGCCAAUAAAGUAACGAGCAUUAUUUAGGUGUCCACUGCACAUAAAUUAAUUAGAAUACAAAGUGCCUGCUGUGUUCGAAGUAGACAGAAAUGAUACCUGGUUGCAAUGAAUUUUCUAACUUGCACAUGUGUGUCUGCCCACUUAGAAAAGAGCUGCUGCAUAACUUCUGGUUACUGAGCGAGUUUGUUCUUUCGUCUUGGAAUCUUCUUUGUGUAAUUCAAUAAAAGGUUAGUAUGUUAAAGAAACUGAAGUGGGUGCUCGUAAUGAAUGCAGGAAUGCGCAAUCACCUGGAACAUUUCAGUUUGUCUCUUGUAUUUGGCAAAUGAAUAAAAAUGGGAUCAGUUGUAUUUUCUUUAAUAAUAAUAAAAAAGCAUAUCUCCUCCUA